AUGGCCGCAAAGCAAUGGAACCCCCUGGCGUUUAAUCGCUGGCCGGUGACUGUCAUUGUGACUGUCGUCUACCUUGCCAUCCUCAUCCCCAUCCUCGUGAUCGAGCAUGUUCUUCCUUCAGCCCCGACUUCUACCCUCGAUGGCCUCGAUAUUCAUGAAGCAUGGCUUGAUCUACAGCAUCUCACGAGCGGAUUUCAUCCAUAUAAUGCCCAUCAAAAUGAUGAGGUGAGAAGCUGGCUGUUAACCCGUAUUGACGAGAUCCUGCAGGAAAACAGAGGUCUCUCAGCUGCUGAUAAGGAGGCGGGGCUAGAUCAGUACAAACCCGAUGUGUUUGUAUUUGAUGAUAAUGUUUCGAAUUUGACUGUAUAUCAGUCGUAUAUGGGUGUGUAUUUCGAAGGAACCAACGUUAUGGUUUACAUUCGUGGCCGCGAUGACGACAAACGCAACUGGUGGGAAACCCCGGGGCUUUCGCCAUCAGGGAAAGGUGGUGUGCUUGUGAACGCGCAUUAUGAUAGUGUAUCUACUGGUUAUGGAGCUACCGAUGAUGGUAUUGGGGUUAUAUCGGGCCUGCAACUAGUCAAGUACUUCACAACGCCGGGACACGAGCCCUCUCGAGGAUUGGUGGUGCUUUUUAAUAACGGCGAAGAGGAUUUCCUGAAUGGAGCACGUGUCUACAGCCAGCAUCCCAUAUCCAAAUUUGCUCACACAUUUUUGAAUUUGGAAGGGGCCGGAGCUGGUGGUCGUGCCACGCUCUUCCGCGCCAGCGACACUCAGGUUGCUCGUGCGUACAAGAAAUCUCCAUAUCCUUUUGGAUCCGUAUUAUCAGACACUGGCUUCAAAACGAACUUGAUUCGGAGUCAGACUGACUACAUCGUAUUCGAAGGCGACUUGGGGCUACGCGGCCUAGAUGUCGCCUUCAUGGAGCCUCGGGCUAGAUAUCACACCAACCAAGAUGAUGCUAAACAUACCAGCUUACAAUCUCUCUGGCAUAUGCUGUCUGCAGCGGUAGCUACGACAGAAGAUUUAGUCUCCGAUUCAAGCGAUGACUUCGAGGGGAAACCUCAAGGACCUGGAAAGGUAGCUAGCGGCUCGGGUUCUGAAUCUGUCUGGUUUGACUUAUUCGGUACUACGUUUGUGGUAUUUGAACUGCACACGCUCUUCGCGCUUUCGGUCACCCUAUUGAUUGUAGGGCCUUUGACAUUGUUGAUUACAAGUAUUGUUCUGGCGAAUCAGGAUCGGAUGUAUUUGUUUGCUAUUUCAAUUCCAGUCGAUGACGGUUUUGAAAGUGUACCGCUACGUGGGUGGAGAGGGGUUUUCCGAUUCCCGUUUAUUUCUGUCACAGCAACUGCAGGGGCUGUAGCAUUGGCUUAUCUGUUCGCCAAAGUCAACCCUUUAAUUGUCCAUAGCAGUGAAUACGCAGUUUGGAGUACGGUGGUAUCUGCUUGGGUCUUCAUAGCAUGGUUCCUCUCCCGGAUUGCGAAUUUUGCCCGACCUUCAGCAUUACAUCGCAUCUAUAUGUUGACAUGGUUGUCUCUCGUUACAUGGGUGCUUCUUGUGGUCGCUACUGUGUACGAAAACCGGGACGGUAUUGCAGGUGGCUACUUCGUUCUCUUUUAUACGUUCGGCACCUUUUUAGCUACGUGGAUAUCAUAUCUAGAGCUUUUUGCGCUACCUAAGAAAGCUGAAUUUGCUAACCAGUUUGGUGGACAAACUUCACGACGAGCUAGUUCGGGUGGCAGUCGUCUUAUGACGCCUAGUGCCGAUUCUAUGGGCCAACACGAAGAGGAAGAAGAGCCAUCGGAGUCAACAUCUCUUCUUAGGGGGCGACGAACGACAUUUGCAAAUUAUACUCGUGCUGAGAACAACGACGACGGGGACGCUAUUCACAGUGAGACUGGGAGAGAAGAACCUGAGGUCCAAAAUACAAAUGUCUACGGCUAUGAACAGGCCUGGAGCGCAAAACUGCCGACGUGGACCUGGGUGAUACAAUUUCUUCUAACUGCUCCGAUUGUAAUUAUCCUUGUUGGUCAGUUAGGUCUACUCAUCACAAGUGCGACACAUCAAACUGGACAGGAUGGCAGUUCUUCCUUGACAGUAUAUCUUCUGAUUGCUGUGUCAACGACAUUGUUGUUUAUUCCUACUCUUCCUUUCCUUCACCGGUUCACAUAUCACAUCCCAACCUUUUUAUUCCUGCUGUUCGUCGCCACUCUUAUUUACAACCUGGUUGCCUUUCCAUUUUCUGCUGAAAACCGAGUAAAGCUCUUUUUCGUACAAGAAGUUGAUCUCGACACAGGUGUCAAUCAGGUAUCUUUGACUGGCAUCCCACCAUUCGUCAGCGACGCUGUUGCAUUGAUACCAAGUGCCAACGGCCAGAAUGCAACCUGCGCCUGGAAGACAGACCGACUGCGGUGUUCAUGGGAAGGAUUAGCACCUCAUGUCCUUCUCAAUUCCAGAUCUGAAGAGCCACCACUGCAAGAAUGGGUGCAGUACAAAACCAAACGCUUGGAAUCAGUACCAAACAGCAACAACCGCCGUGGUCAGGUUCAAAUCUCUGGACUAGACAGCCGUGGAUGUGUUCUGAAUUUUGAUACCCCCAUUAAGGCGUUCCAUGUGGCUGGAUCAGCAAUUGAUGAAGUCCGUUACCCAAUCAACAUUCCGCCAGAAGGCACCAGUGAAAUCCGUCUCUGGAGUCGUAAAUGGGAAAAUAACUUCGUGGUGGAUGUUGAAUGGAAACCCGAAACAGAUGCAGACGACGAAAAACUUACAGGCACAGCAACCUGUACCUGGAGCGACGCCAACACCCCUGGCUUGAUUCCAGCUCUAGACGAGAUUAUACAGUAUAGCCCAGACUGGGUAGCUGUCACAAAGUUAGAGUCUGGUUUAGUCAAGGGCAGUCGGAAAUUUACAAUUUAA